AUGGCGGAGGAGCCGGAAGCGGCUCUUGCGCCAAGUCCUGCUGCGCCGGCCACGGCGGCAGCAGUGGUCACCACUGCCACUGAGAUGGCACCCGGCGACACGCCAGCGGCCGGGGACGCUGCUGGCGCGGAUCCUUCUUCCGCCCAACAGGGGGCGGCCCCUGCCGGCGGCGCGGCAACCUCCCCAGCCCCGCAGUCCCAGGGCAUGGGUGAGGGGGAGGUUGCUGGGCAAGUGGACGACCCCCCGCCCAGCUACACGGUGGCGGUGGGGGCUUCGUCGUCGUCCGCUGCCUCCUUCAACACCGACCUCGCCGUGGAGAAGGAGCGGCAGGAACUCUCCCGACUGUGGGAGGAGACGCGCCUCGCCAGGGAGGAGGCGCGCCUUGCCCAGGAAGCCCUGGAGAACGCCGACGCGCCGGUUGUGACCGAGGAGGAGCUUUACCGGCAGUUGGAGGCUCAGCGGGCCGAGCUCCAGGGAGCUCUGGACUCGAUGGUGGUGGCCCAAGCGGCAACCAAGAAGGAGCACACCGAGGUAAUCACCACAGCUCAGGCCCGGAUCGACGAGAAGAGCGACCUGAUCGCCAACUACCUCGGGGAGAUCCAGGCCUACGUUCAAGCACUUAGCUUCUCGUUCAGUCUCGUGCUCGGCACGCUUGCCGGUGAUGUGUGCCUGGCACGUCUCCCUUGA